AUGAUCUACAAAUCUCAUCUCUAACCCUAAAUAUACAAAUAAACUCGUAGAACAUACCUAAGUGAUACUUUGUUUAGUAAUUUAAUAAUAAGAAGAAAACUUAUUUAUAACUGGAGCAGUAGAUUUAAAAUAAAGUUUUGGACCAAGCAAAAAUCAUGGUUUUGUAAAUAAACAAUUAAUGAACAUUCUAAGCCAGUUUAGGGAUUAUGUAUAAAUUAAGAUGGGAAUAGAUUGAUAUCUUCUGGUGAAGAUAAAAUUAUUUUAUUUAUGAAGAGGUCUUAUUCAAAUAUUUGGGAGAUUAUAUAAAAGAUAUCUGAGAAAAUAUAUGGUUUAAGAAUGAACUUUAUUACUUACGAAAUCUUUUCAUUUUCACCUGCAAUUUACUACAUUAUUUCUUUUUACUCUUAUGAUCAAACUACAAAAUAGUUUCCAAAACUAAAGAACUUAAGUUUAACAACAAAAAAUACUUGA